AUGAAUGACAUUCAAGAGGUUGAAGAGCUUUUUCACUUUCAAAAGCAUUGGGUUAAAGGUGAACCUGUUAUAGUUCGCGAUGCCCUUGAGGUAACAACUCAUUUGAGCUGGGAACCAAUGGUGAAUAUUUUGACACAUACUGCGGAGGUAGCUUUAAGUGAAGAACAACAGAUCGCUAUUCAACAAAUCAAAAGGAAACAUUUGGCACAGGAUGAGAAAGAACGUUUGGAGCAAGAUAAGCUAGACCAUCAUUCCAUUGAACAACUUGGUGACUGCAGCGGUAGCUGGAAAGAGAUGGGUGUAUCAAAGAUUAUUGAGACAGAGAAGCAACCCUCCCAAAUCAGUGAAAACUUGAGCUUUCCCAUAAUCACCGAGAGGAGCUACACUCCUGGUUUGCCCAGUGAAGGUGAAACAGAUAAUAUGUGUGGUGCAUUGUGGGACAUUUUUAGAAGGGAGGAUGUCUCCAAGUUAGAAGAAUAUUUAAGAAAGCACUCCAUGGAAUUUAGGCACACUUAUCGCUCCCCAAGAAAACAGGUAUUGAACCUUGGACAUUUGAACAAAGAGUUGGAGAAGCCGUAUUUAUUCCUCGCUGGUUGCCCACACCAAGUUAGGAAUCUCAAGUCAUGUACAAAAGUUGUCAGAGAUUUUGUCUCUCCUGAAAUGUCCAGAGUGCCUUCGCUUAACCAAAGAGUUCAGACAACUUCCAAAGAACCACAGUGGCUAGAGAAGACAAACUUGAGUUUACACGCUUCUGAGUCUUUGUUUGUUGGGUUUCAAGAAGCAAUGAUGAAAGAUUCCCUGGAACGUGCAAGGGAGCCAAACCUAAAUUUGAAAACCUAUCUCCAAAAUGCAUAUAUGCAUCCAGUUUUCAAAGGUGAUGAUGACGAGGAGGAUGAAGAUAUAAGUGAAAAAUUGGAGACUGAGAGUGUGCUAGUCCCUACAAAAUGCCAAUCUCGAAGAAAUACACCUAUGCCUAGCAGAAUUAGUGGUGCAUCUUCACCAUUAUCUUUGACAGAUCUGAGUUCACCUGAGUUUAUCAUUCAACCGCAGCUCUUUUGGUCAUGGUCUUCGACUAUAUGGUUAUUGUUUUUAAUGCUGAGGAUGGAUGCUUUUAUUUCUAAGCAAGACCGGCACAGAGGUGAUGGUGAUCAUAAUGUGCAGAAGAUGAGAAGAAUCUCGAAUGUUUCUUGGCUUGCAUCGAAGAGACAAGUUCACAAAACCCUUAAGAAUAGAGUUAAUGGCAAGAUAUGGAAACGGGAAGAGGACGAUGAUGAUGAUGAGUGGUCACUCCCAACAAGAACAAAAAAUUCAUCCAAGAAAGUGAAACUGACUCCUGCUUUUGAAUUCUCGAAAGGCAAUGGAAUUCCAAAGAAGCGGCUGAAUAAGAGAAGUAGUUUUGUAGUUGUAGACUUGGAGGGUGAUUCAGAAGAUGAAGUUUUAGAGCAAGCGUGUAUUAUGAAUAUAAGAGCGCGCAAAAGAGCUAGAACUUCAGAUAGUGAGGCAGUCAAAAGAAAUCACAUGUAUACAAGGCUAGAAAAUGGAGAUUUUGCAAAUGCUUCUUUAGGUACUUCAUCUUCUUCUCCCUCGUCAGCUUCAGAUAUGAAGAGUAAUGGCAGUAGCAGCAGGACACGUACAAUGAGAAAUUUGAAGGCCAAAAUAGAAGCACGCCCAAAGUGUCAUCAGUGCAUGAAAAACGAAAGAAAAAUUGUUGUCCCUUGCAAGAAGUGUAAAAGCAAAAUAUAUUGUGUCCAAUGUAUCAAACAAUGGUAUCCACAGAUGACAGAAGAAGAAAUUGCAGAACAAUGUCCUUAUUGUCGUAGAAAUUGCAACUGCAAUGCGUGUUUGCACUCCAGUGGUUUGAUUAAGACAUCAAAAAGGGACAUCACCGACAGUGAGAAGAUUCAGCAUCUAAAAUAUUUGAUAAAGUCUCUGCUUCCCUUUCUGGAACAAAUCUGUGAAGAACAAACUCAAGAGAUGCAAAUUGAGGCUAGCAUUCAAGGUUCCUCCCCUGAGAUAGCAGAGAACUUCUGUAAUAAUGAUGAGCGUGUCUAUUGCAACCAUUGUGCGACUUCUAUUGUUGACCUCCACCGCAGCUGCCCAAAAUGUGCUUAUGAACUGUGUCUCAGUUGUUGUCACGAAAUUCGUGAAGGAAGCUUGUCAAGUCGUGCUGAAAUGAAGUUUCGAUACGUAGACCGAGGCUCUGAUUACAUGCAUGGUGGAGAUCCAGUGCCUUGUGAUUUUGAAAAUGCUGAGGAUCAAGGUGAACCAACGGUUGUGCUGUGGAAUGCCAAUGAUGAUGGAAGUAUUUCUUGUUUUCCAAAAGAAAUGGCUGGUUGUGGUGAUUGUGUACUGGAGCUAAAGCGUAUCCUUCCAAUGGGAUGCAUUUCAGAGUUGAAAAAGAAGGCGCGAGAUUUAGUAGGUUUUGACACGGAAAGGGCAGAUUCGAUGUGCAACAAUUCUGAAGCAGGGAGAGAGAUGCUGCGGAGCGCAGCUUCUAGAGAAGGAUCCAAGGACAAUUACUUGUAUUGUCCUGCUAUGAAUGACAUUCAAGAGGUUGAAGAGCUUUUUCACUUUCAAAAGCAUUGGGUUAAAGGUGAACCUGUUAUAGUUCGCGAUGCCCUUGAGGUAACAACUCAUUUGAGCUGGGAACCAAUGGUAAUGUGGCGUGCAUUAUGCGAAAAUGUGGACCGAGAGACAAGAGCUAAUAUGUCUGAAGUGAAGGCCAUUGAUUGCCUGGCUUCUUGUGAGGUGGAAAUUAGUACCAUUCAAUUUUUCAAGGGCUAUACAGAAGGAAGAAGAUAUGAAAACUUUUGGCCUGAGAUGCUGAAGCUGAAGGAUUGGCCCCCAUCUGAUAAGUUUGAAGACCUUCUGCCACGCCAUUGUGAUGAGUUUAUCAGUGCAUUGCCAUUUCAAGAAUAUAGUGAUCCCAAGGCUGGUAUCCUUAACCUUGCUGUGAAAUUUCCACCAGAUUUGCUCAAACCAGACAUGGGUCCGAAAACUUACAUCGCAUAUGGUACAACAGAAGAGCUCGGCAGAGGGGACUCUGUAACCAAACUUCAUUGUGAUAUGUCAGAUGCGGUGAAUAUUUUGACACAUACUGCGGAGGUAGCUUUAAGUGAAGAACAACAGACUGCUAUUCAACAGCUCAAAAGGAAACAUUUGGCACAGGAUGAGAAAGAACGUUUGGAGCAAGAUAAGCUAGACCAUCAUUCCAUUGAACAACUUGGUGACUGCAGCGGUAGCUGGAAAGAGAUGGGUGUAUCAAAGAUUAUUGAGACAGAGAAGCAACCCUCCCAAAUCAGUGAACAACUUGAGCUUUCCCAUAAUCAGCCGAGAGGAGCUACACUCCCUGGUUUGCCCAGUGAAGGUGAAACAGAUAAUAUGUGUGGUGCAUUGUGGGACAUUUUUAGAAGGGAGGAUGUCUCCAAGUUAGAAGAAUAUUUAAGAAAGCACUCCAUGGAAUUUAGGCACACUUACUGCUCCCCAGUAAAACAGGUCGUCCAUCCAAUUCAUGACCAGUGUUUCUACUUAACUUCGGAGCAUAAAAAGAAGUUGAAGGAGGAAUUUGGUAUUGAACCUUGGACAUUUGAACAAAGAGUUGGAGAAGCCGUAUUUAUUCCUGCUGGUUGCCCACACCAAGUUAGGAAUCUCAAGUCAUGUACAAAAGUUGCCAUAGAUUUUGUCUCUCCUGAAAAUGUCCAGGAGUGCCUUCGCUUAACCAAAGAGUUCAGACAACUUCCAAAGAACCACAGGGCUAGAGAAGACAAACUUGAGAUCAAGAAGAUGAUAAUCUAUGCAAUUGCAGAAGCAAUUAAAGAUUUAGAAGAACUGAUACAAUGACAGCAUUGAGUUCUACACAAAGUGGCAACUGAAGAACAAAGAAGCCAAAGUUAAUUGUUCCCUUUUUUUCCAAUUUUUUAACAUUGUUGUUACAUUAAUUGAAGUUGUUUUGAAGGAUGUAAAUCAUCAAUUUAAUGUUUAACACAGGCGAUUUUUUUUCCCUUUCUUAUUUA